GCAGACCUGUUUCCUGGAUGCAGUGGAGAUUUUCCAGGAUAGAAAAACUCCAUAGUCUAGACAUAGCCUGGGGACCCAGGUCAGAUACAGCUCCCUGAGGCCCAGGUCUGUCCCAGCCACAACAGGGCUGCUGGGAGGGUGAGAAAUGGCCCCAGCCGCCCCCAGGGCUGAGCUCUGCCCCUCACGCCAUGAUUCUCUCUCCCCAGCGAUUGUGACUCUGGAUCCAGACACGGCUCAUCCCGACCUCGUCCUGUCUAAGGAUCGGAAACGUGUGAGAUGGGAACAUGCACGGCAGCCACUGCCCGACAACCCGGAGAGAUUUGACACUCGGCCCUGUGUGCUGGGCUGUGAGGGAUUCACUGCGGGGAAACAUUGCUGGGAGGUGGAGGUGGGGGGUGGGCAAUGGUCCGUGGGGGUGGCCAGAGAGUCUGUGAGCAGGAAGGGAGGGAUCAGCCGUAGCCCUGAGGGGGCGAUCUGGGCUGUGCAGCAGAGGGGAAGGGGUCAGUUCCAGGCUCUCACCUCCCCUGUAACUCCCCUGCACCUGAGCCUCCCCCACAGGAUCCGGGUUUGUCUGGACUGUGACCGGGGGCAGGUGACGUUUAUCGAUGCUGGUGCCAAGGCCCCGAUCUUCACUUUCCCACCAGGCUCCCUUCCUGGGGAGAGAAUCCGACCCUGGCUCUGGGUGGGGCAGGGAUCCUCGCUCAGCCUGUGCCCCUGAAAUCAGCGUCUCUGGCCUCAUCCACCCCCCAAUCUAUGUGACCUCACAGGACUCCCCUGUACCCAGCCCCUGGGUCCUCAUCUCUAUGAUGCUGAAAGCUCCUCCUCCCUCCCUGCAGCCCCAGGGAUGGGAGGGGGAAGAACCCCUGGGGCUGCAGGAGGAGCAAAGAGGCAGAGUCUGGGGCUGGGCAGGGGCAGAACUAACAGCCAGGGUGGGGACAAGCCCAGGUCCUGGCUGGGCAGGGGCAGAAGUAACAGCUGGGCUGGGGACAGGCAGAGUUGGGCGUGGCAGGGUGUGCGUGGGUGGAGAUAAGCUGGAAGCUGCACAGCAGCAGGGGGGUGAUUUGUACCAGUCUGUGUUCUCAGAUCUCAUUGGGGUCUCCAGACGGAGUGCUGGCUGCAGGAGCCAAAGUCACCUUCCCCUGUGACUGUGGAGCAGCCAGCAACACUCGGAACCAGUGUUUCUCUAAGAUUUUCCAUCCCUGAGUGGAGGGAGUUUGGCCUUGUGCACCAACACUGAGGUCAUGGGCGCUUGUUGGGCGUGCGCCAUGAAGAUUCAUAUUUAAACAUGAGUCUUGUCACUUCAGUACAAAUAACUUUUGAAUAAAUGUUAUUCGAUUCUAUUGCGUAUGAAACACGACUUUCAGCCUGAGUCCAUGUGCAUAUUUCCCUUAAUACGCAUGUUUUCAUUCCUUUGAAGAAUACUGCUCUUAGGAUAUAUCUAGACUACAUGCGUCCUUUGAAAGAGACUUUUUUGAAACGAUCUUUCGAGAAAGCUUCUUUUGAAAGACAGCAUCCAAACUACAUAAAGUGGAUUGAAAAAAGGGCACCCAAAACCACUUUGGCAGCUCAUGGAGGCAGCGUUUAAUUCCGGGUUCUGCUGCAUGGCCUUUGCAAAGACACGUGCUUAAAGGGACCCCCGGGGACAGCUGUUUCUCUGCUGCUGCAGCUGGCUUGUAUA